AUGGAGGACACUCAGGAAAGUGUUACCGAUCCUCAAACAGAAAAUCAACCUGAAGUUCUGAAUGAAGAUGAAAAAGUAUCGCGGAAAAGAAAACUAGUACUAUUUCUAAGUGUUCAUUGGCGCGGAAUAGUUUGUUUGGUCACUCCCUUGAUAUUUAUCGCCGUGCUUGCACCAUUUCCUCCAAAGAAGUAUCAAUGGUGUGCAUACACCCUUCUUAUAAUGGCUGUCUUCUGGGUGACUGAGUGCAUUCCGUUACCUAUAACAUCGUUUCUACCUAUAGUGAUAUUUCCCAUGACUGAUGUAAUGGACACACGUACGACAUGUCUGUGUUACAUGAAUGAUACCAUUCUUAUGUUUUACGGUAGCAUGGUGCUUGCAUAUGCCGUGGAGCAAUCAGGAUUGCAUAAAAGACUAGCACUCUAUGCGAUAAGACUGAUUGGUUACUCUCACUACAGGUUGUUGUUAGCAAUGUCACUUACAACAAUGUUCGUGUCAAUGUGGAUCACUAACACUGCCGCAACUACUAUGAUGGUGCCUAUAAUAUUCGCUUUGUUAAAAGUAUUUGAAGAUCUCGACUUGAUAUCUACUUUCGAGGAAGACAGUAAUGGUGACUUAACUGCUUCAGACAUAACGACUUGCUAUUUUUGUGGUGCUUCUUUUUCAGCCACUAUAGGUGGCAUUGGUACUCUGGUGGGCUCUGCAACUAAUUUAGUUUUCAAAGGACUAUAUGAAAGGGCGUUUCCAUCGGCACCGGAUUAUUUAUCAUUUCCCAAGUAUUCAGCAUUUUCAGUUCCAUUCAUGUUGGUAUUAGAAGCAGGAUUAUAUUUCACUAUGGUUGUGAAAUUUUUCGGAUUUUUAAGACCUAAAAGUGAGACUGCAAAACGAAUAAAAAUUCCUGAACAAGCAAUGCAAGCCGCUAAAGAUGCUGUUGAACAAAGCUGGAAAGAAAUCGGAAAAAUUACUUUUUGGGAAAUUAUGGUCCUAAUUUUAUUCAGUGGUGCAAUGCUUAUGUUUUUCUGUCGUUCACCACAAAUAUUUUACGGAUGGGGAGACGCAAUUAGUGACUACUUUAAACUAAAUGAUUAUAAAUAUGUACGAGAUUCAGCAGCUGCUUUACUAGUUGGUUUCUUAAUGCUCCUUUUGCCAUCUACUCUAGAGUUUUUUAAAAACUUCACCGCACCAAUUAACGAGUUGCCUAACAAACGAAUAACUUCAGUAUUAAGUUGGACAGUAAUGAAUGACAUAAUGCCUUAUAGUUUCAUGUUUCUCUUAGGAGGUGGUUUUGCACUCUCAACGGCUGCCAAGGCGGAAUAUUCAGAUUUGAAUGGACAAAUUGGGAAAUUACUUAAAACUCUUAGCAUCUUCCCAAAUUACUUUAUAAUAUUAUUAAUAAUCAUCUUUACAGUGUUUGUGACUAACUUUGCAUCAAAUGUGGCGGUUUGUAAUGUAGUUACGCCAAUAGUGAUGCAACUAGCUAAAGAAAUAAACAUUCACCCACUGUGGUACAAUGUGGCUUCUGGGGUUUCAUCAUCAUUCUGUUUCUGCCUACCGGUGGGAACUCCAGGGAACCUAAUAAUACAGAGUUCUGCAAAAAUUCCUACAUUAAAAAUGAUGAAAGUUGGUUUUUGGCCAUCAGUUGUAACAAUACUAAUAACGUGGGGUAGCAUGUAUUUCUGGGCGCCGGUCAUGUGGCCAGAUUUAAUCAGCGAAUUACCCCAAGAUAAAUAUUAUAUACAAUGA